AUGUCUGGCCGCGUUGUCGGCUUUUUUAGAAUCCAUCAUGAUCUCGGUGCUGCCAAUCCAGAUUCAUCCAGCUCCAUGUCAGCCGCAUGGCACGCAGACGUCCAAAUGAUUAGCUCACCGUACACGUUUUUGCCAGUAUGCAUUCUUUUCCUGGGCCGGAUAAUACUGAUACUGUCGUAUGUAUUCCACAGGCUGGAACCCAGGGGUUCGUUGUCGCCACCACUGCGACAAUUCUGCCUCGAGCUCCUCCUGGCUUUAGAGCGACUUCAAGAUGAAUUCUCCUCGGCUUGUUCCACUGCCACCCUGCCAUCUACGACGGAGAAGGAGAAGUGA